AUGUUUGAAGAUGAUGAAGAAGAUUUAGAUUAUGAAUCUUACUCUAGAAGGGGAAAGAAGGCCAAUGAUUCAAAAGAUAAUAAUCUGGGCAGCAUCAAGAUGAAGAUUCCUAUCUUUCAAGGAAAGAAUGAUCCCGAACUUUACUUGGAAUGGGAGAGAAAAGUUGAACAUGUGUUUGAUUGUCACAACUAUUCAAAUGAGAAAAAGGUGAAAUUGGCGGCCGUUGAGUUCACGGAUUAUGCAAGCAUAUGGUGGGAUCAAUUGAUGAUUAGUCGGCAAAGGAUUGGAGAAAGGCCAAUUCGGUCAUGGGAAGAUAUGAAAUUGGUAAUGCGCAAGAGAUUUGUACCUAGCCAUUACUAUAGAGAUUUACAUAGAAAGUUACAAGGGCUGGUUCAAGGCUCCAUGAGUGUGGAAGACUAUUAUAAAGAAAUGGAGAUGGCAAUGAUUAAAGCUAAUAUAGAGGAAGAUCGAGAGGCUACCAUGGCAAGAUUUAUUGGAGGCUUAAACAAAGAGGUUGCUGAUGUGGUUGAAUUGCAACACUAUGUGGAGAUGGAGGAGCUGUUGCACAAGGCCAUCAAAAUAGAAAAGCAAAUCAAGUCCAAAGGAUCCAAAUCGGGUUUGGCUUCUAGUUCCACAUGGAAGUCUAAUUGGAAGGAUAACAAAUCUGCCUCAAAAACAAAAGAAGAUGCAAAGCCAAAAGAUUCGGUUGCUAUUUCAAAAGGUAAAACCGAAACUAACACUUCUUCUAAAUCACGUAAUGUUAAGUGUUUUAGGUGCCAAGGAUUUGGGCAUAUUGCUUCCCAAUGCCCAAACAAGAGGAUUAUGAUUAUGUUGGAGAAUGGUGACAUUGAAAGUGCUAGUUCAAGUGAGGAUGAGAUGCCACCCUUAGAAAAUUGCAGUGAUAUUGACAUUGAAGAACCUGUACAUGGAGAUAUGUUGGUGACAAGAAGAGCACUAAGCAUCCAGCCUAAGGAUGAUGGUGAUAAGGAGCAACGUGAACAUAUUUUCCAUACUAGAUGUCAUGUGAAGGGAAAGGUAUGUACCAUGAUUAUUGAUAGCGGAAGCUGCACUAAUGUUGCUAGUACUUUGUUAGUAGAUAAGCUGGAGUUACCCACCAUGAAGCAUCCUAAUCCAUACAAGUUGCAAUGGUUAAAUGAAUGUGGAGAAGUGAGGGUAAACAAGCAAGUGCUCGUUUCAUUUUCAAUUGGCAAAUACACAGAUGAGAUUCUUUGUGAUGUGGCACCAAUGCAUGCUAGUCAUAUUUUGCUUGGACGACCAUGGCAGUUUGAUAGGAAGGUUACACACAAUGGAUACAAAAACCAUUAUUCUUUUAUGAUGAACAACCGCACUGUAGUCCUAACCCCUCUCAAACCUUUGCAAGCUUAUGAAGAUCAGAUUCGGAUAGCGAGAGAGUGUAAAAAGAGAGAAGGUGAGUCCGAGAGGAAAAAUGCAAAUGAAAGGAGUGAGAUUGAGAGCAGAGAGAAUAGUAUUCAAAAAAAAGAGGAAAAGUAA